CUCCCCCCGCCAUGGCUGCCUAGAAGACCUAGCCGCACGCACGCCGCUUGCCUGCCAUCCUGCCUGCCAGCCAACUAUGACAGGGGUCUUUGACAGAAGAGUGCCCACCAUCCGAUCCAGCGAUUUCCAGUCCCCCUUUCCGAGCAGCGCAACGGCCGCCACCAUGCACCACCCGCCCCAAGAGUCGCCCACUUUACCCGAGUCUUCGGCAACGGACCCCGACUUCUACAGCUCGCCAGGAAGCGCCCCGCACGGCUACGCUUCGCCUUCCUCGGCAUCCUACGGCAAAGCGCUCCAUCCUUACCAGUACCCCUACCAGGGCAUGAGUGGAACCGCCGCCAACUAUCCCGCCAAAGCCUACGCCGAGUACAGCUACGCCAGCCCCUACCAUCAAUACAGCGGGUCUUACCCUAGGGCCCCGAGUACUGCCAGCCAGCCAGAAAAAGAGGUGGCUGAACCCGAGGUGCGGAUGGUGAACGGCAAACCAAAGAAAGUGCGAAAGCCAAGGACUAUUUACUCGAGUUUUCAACUGGCAGCUUUACAACGGAGGUUCCAGAAAACCCAGUAUUUGGCUCUGCCCGAGAGAGCCGAGCUGGCCGCUUCUUUAGGCCUGACGCAGACUCAGGUGAAAAUCUGGUUCCAGAACAAAAGGUCCAAGAUCAAGAAGAUUAUGAAAAAUGGAGAGAUGCCUCCGGAACACAGUCCCAGCGCCAGCGACCCGAUGGCUUGCAACUCUCCACAGUCCCCCGCCGUGUGGGAGUCGCAGGGCACGGCCAGAUCUCUUAGCCACCACGCUCACGCUCACGGGGCAACUUCCAACCCGUCGCCCGCAUCCACCUACCUGGAGAACUCCUCUUCCUGGUAUUCCGGGGCAAACGCCCUGAAUGGCCACCUGCAGCCCCACGGCUCCCUCCAGCAUUCCUUAGUGUUGGCUUCCGGGACAAUCUAUUAGAACGGGCGAUCCUUUUUUUUAAAAAAAAAACCCCAUCAUUCCUUCCUUUUUUGUUUUGGACUCAAUUGCUUUUGUUCAUGAAGGGAAAUAAUAAUAAUAAUUAAUAAUAAUAAUAAUAAUAUUAAAACAGGGGAACUUCUCUUUAAGGAAACUAUAACAGGAUGAAAUGUGUAAAGCUUGUGCAUGUAAUUUAUUGCAUUUCAAAGGAAACUCACCCUCCCUCAUUGCUUUUGUUACGUUUUCUUUUAUUGUUCAAGAGGGCUGGAAUUGCGUUUUGUUCUCAGCAGCCUGGACACUUUCAAAGGUGCCUUGAAAUCUUAUGACCUCAACUUUUUUCAAGAGACUUUUUUCUCAAUGUCAUUUUAAUCCUGUACAUAUUUGUAGAUAGAGGAAUUAAACUGUAUAUUCU